AUAGAUUCUCUUUUUGACCUUUGGACCGAAUUUCAGAUAGUCCUUGCUCCUGUCCCUUUCUUUGGCUUUGAUUGAAGGAACAGUAGCAGUUGUAUUACUCUCUAACAGCUUCGAUAUUGAUAUUUGCCAGAGUCAGACCAAUGUGUGCGCUUCUGCUGUGAAGAUGGUGGGUUUUUUUGGCAUUCUGGUGGAGAGCUACUCCUUCCAUGCUCUGAUCAGAUGAGUGUCUUCUUGCAAAAAGUUUGGAACUGGGUAUUAGCAAAUCCUAGUGUGGCCGUUAAACAUGAAAUCAGAACCAAAGAAUGGCUGGCAUUCAAUCAUGCCUCUUAGUUUGCCAGGCAAAUCAGCUAAACUUUUUUGCAUGUUCCCGAAAGCCAAGUCAGCAGGAUAUAGUCCAGGCAAUGCAACUGUUUAUCUCAAUGUGUACGACUUGACACCCGCAAAUGGAUAUUUCUAUUGGGCUGGUAUUGGUGUCUUUCACACUGGGGUGGAAGUGCAUGGUGUAGAAUUUGCUUUUGGAGCCCAUGACUAUCCAACAAGUGGCGUCUUUGAGGUUGAACCUCGACAAUGUCCUGGCUUCAAGUUUAGAAAGUCAAUCUUCAUGGGGACUACAUUCAUGGAUCCAGUUCAGGUUAGAGAAUUCAUGGAGCGCCAAUCUGCAAGCUACAAUGGAGACGCGUAUCACUUGGUUGUGAAGAACUGUAACCAUUUCUGUGAAGAUUUAUGUUACAAACUGACAGGGAACCGAAUCCCAAAAUGGGUAAAUCGGCUAGCAAGAAUAGGUUCCCUCUGCAACUGCAUACUCCCAGAGGCCCUCAAAGCUUCUGCUGUGCGGCAUGGUCCAAAUUUCCAACCCUAUGAUAGUGAAAAGAAGAGUCUGAGAAGAUCCUUCAGUUGCUUGUCAUCAAUCUCAAUGCAUCAGAGGGAGAGAGAAGUAUCAAUGUCUUCACUGUUUCUGCAUUCCCACUACAAAGGCUGCUUACCUCCAUGGGAAUUGAAAAGAUCGAGCAGUGGAUCUUUGAAGGCAAGGUAAGAAGGCUUCAAAGAUAAAUUCUGACGGCCAGAUCCAAUUGUUGUCGUACAUGAGACUCUACGAGGAAUAAGAUCUGUGCUAGCUCCAUUUUUUCAUCACAACAGAGGAAAGCUGUACCCUGUUUUCUGGUUCUUGCUUUCCAAUGUGUUUGGAAUGGUGCUUCUUGUCUGUCUUGAGAUAGAAUCUUGUAGCUAUUUUAAUGUUCCAAGUCUUAUUCUCCAAGCAUAAUCAAAACCCAGAUUCAUUGCUUUAUAGUUCACAUUGUAUCAAUUGAGCCAAACUCUGUUAUAUUACAUCAGUUUAUCUUUUGGAAAAGG